CUUUAAUACAGAUUUUUUUUUUUUUAAUUUCAGACCCUUCUCAUCUUUUUCCUGCAUUCCACCCUCCUGUACCCCUUGACGCAAGACAUCACGAAGGGCGCUACCAUUAUGAUCCAUCUCCAAUACCUCCUUUGCACGUGCCUUCUGCUUUAUCUAGUAGCCCGACAUAUCCAGACCUACCCUUCAUUAGGAUCUCUCCACACCGGAACCCUGCUACAGCAUCGGAGUCCCCCUUUAGCCCUCCACAUCCCUACAUCAACCCCUACAUGGACUACAUCCGCUCUCUGCAUAGCAGCCCGUCCCUCUCCAUGAUCUCAGCAGCUCGCGGACUGAGCCCUACAGACGCUCCCCAUGCAGGAGUGAGCCCCGCUGAAUAUCACUACCAUCAGAUGGCGCUGUUAGCUGGUCAGCGUAGCCCCUAUGCAGACAUCAUUCCUGCUGCCACAGCCGGUGCUGGGGCCAUCCACAUGGAAUAUCUUCAUGCCAUGGACAGCGCCAGAUUCCCCAGUCCCAGGCUGUCAGGCAGGCCGAGCCGAAAACGAACACUGUCCAUCUCACCACUAUCCGAUCAUAGCUUUGACCUUCAGACCAUGAUAAGGACAUCUCCCAAUUCCUUGGUCACAAUUCUCAAUAAUUCCCGCAGCAGCUCUUCAGCAAGUGGCUCCUAUGGUCACUUAUCUGCAAGUGCAAUAAGCCCUGCCUUGAGCUUCACCUACCCUUCUGCACCCGUGUCUCUCCAUAUGCAUCAGCAAAUCUUAAGUCGUCAGCAGAGUUUAGGCUCGGCCUUUGGACAUAGCCCUCCACUCAUCCACCCGGCUCCAACUUUUCCGACACAGAGGCCUAUUCCAGGGAUCCCUGCUGUUCUCAAUCCAGUUCAAGUCAGCUCCGGCCCGUCAGAGUCCACACAGCAGAACAAGCCUACAAGUGAGUCUGCAGUGAGCAGCACUGGAGAUCUGAUCCACAAUAAGCGGUCCAAGAUCAAGCCUGACGAAGACCUCCCCAGCCCAGGGCCCCGGGGCCAGCAGGAACAGCCAGAAGGAACGACCCUAGUCAAGGAGGAAGGGGAUAAAGAUGAAAGCAAACAGGAGCCCGAAGUCAUCUAUGAGACAAACUGCCACUGGGAAGGUUGCGCCCGGGAGUUUGACACCCAGGAGCAGCUGGUGCACCAUAUAAACAACGACCAUAUUCACGGAGAGAAGAAGGAAUUUGUGUGCCGGUGGCUAGAUUGCUCUAGAGAGCAGAAACCCUUCAAAGCCCAGUACAUGUUGGUGGUGCAUAUGCGGAGACACACAGGAGAGAAGCCUCACAAAUGCACUUUUGAAGGUUGCACAAAGGCCUACUCGAGACUAGAAAACUUGAAAACGCACUUGAGAUCCCACACUGGAGAGAAACCAUAUGUCUGUGAGCACGAAGGGUGCAACAAGGCUUUCUCCAAUGCCUCCGAUCGUGCCAAGCACCAAAACAGAACACAUUCUAAUGAGAAACCAUAUGUGUGCAAAAUCCCAGGCUGCACUAAACGCUACACAGACCCAAGUUCUCUCCGGAAACACGUGAAGACGGUACAUGGCCCAGAGGCACAUGUCACCAAGAAGCAGCGUGGUGACAUACAUCCUCGGCCUCCGCCUCCUCGAGAUUCCAGCAGCCACUCACAGUCUAGGUCUCCGGGCCGGCAGACUCAGGGAGCUCUGGGUGAGCAGAAGGACCUCAGCAAUGCUACCUCAAAGCGCGAAGAAUGUCUCCAGGUGAAAGCGAUCAAGGCCGAGAAGCCCAUGACAUCUCAGCCAAGCCCUGGUGGUCAGUCUUCAUGCAGCAGCCAACAGUCCCCCAUCAGCAACUAUUCCAACAGUGGGCUCGAGCUUCCUCUGACAGAUGGAGGUGGUGUUGGAGACCUCAGUGCUAUCGAUGAAACCCCGAUCAUGGACUCGACCAUUUCCACUGCAACCACAGCCCUUGCCUUGCAAGCUAGGAGGAACCCGGCAGGGACCAAAUGGAUGGAGAACGUAAAACUCGAAAGGCUCAAACAAGUGAAUGGAAUGCUUCCGCGACUGAACCCCAUCCUACCCCCCAAAGCCCCUGCAGUCUCUCCUCUUUUAGGAAAUGGCUCCCAGCCUGGUAACAGCUGCAAUCUGGGUGGGCCUGUGACCCUGCUCCCUAACAGAAGCGACCUUCCUGGGGUGGACAUCACCGUGCUGAACAUAUUCAACAGGAGGGACAGCAGCACCAGCACCAGCAGCUCUGCCUACCUGAGCAGCCGCCGCUCCUCUGGCAUUUCUCCCUGUUUCUCCAGCCGGCGGUCCAGCGAGGCUUCCCAGGCCGAGGGGCGACCCCAGAAUGUGAGCGUGGCCGACUCCUACGACCCCAUCUCCACCGACGCCUCCCGCAGGUCAAGUGAAGCCAGCCAGUGCGACGGCCUGCCCAGCCUGCUCAGCCUCACGCCCGCCCAGCAGUAUCGCCUGAAGGCCAAGUAUGCGGCUGCCACAGGCGGGCCGCCCCCCACCCCGCUGCCCAACAUGGAGAGGAUGAGCCUCAAGACCCGGAUGGCUCUGCUCGGGGAUGGCAGGGAGCCCAUGGGACCCCUGCCUCCCGUCCACCCUCCCCGGAGGUGUAGCGAUGGGGGUGCCCACAGCUCUGGCCGGCGCCCUCUGCUGCCCCAGGAUGCACUGGGGAACGGUGUGAGAAGAGCCAGCGACCCAGUGAGGACGGUCUCUGAGAGCCUCUCCCUCCCCAGGGUCCCACGGUUCAACAGCCUUAACAGCUUCAGUCCUCUGGGUUUGCCUCCAUCCCUGGAGAAGCGUAAUUUAGUGCUUCAGAAUUACACACGGCCCGAGGGGGGCCCGUCCCGUCACUUCCACUUGUCUCCCUGUCCCCCCAGCAUUACUGAGAACGUCACCCUGGAGUCCCUGAGCAUGGACUCUGAUAUGAACCUGAAUGAUGAGGAUUUCUUGCCUGAUGACGUGGUGCAGUAUUUAAAUUCCCAGAACCUGGCAGGGUACGAGCAGCACUUCCAGAGUGCCGUUUCUGAAGACAGCAAAGUGUCCCAUGGUUCUAGCCUGGGCGGUGGGCAAGGUGAUCUUGACCCACCUGGGCUGCCAGAUGGCCAUGCCACCCAGCAGCAGUUCCAUGGACUGGAGCAGCCUUGCCCUGAAGCCAGCAAGACUGACCUACCCAUUCAGUGGAACGAGGUCAGCUCCGGCAGUUCUGAGCUGUCCUCCUCAAAGAUGAAAUGUGGCCAGAGGGCCACGGUGCAGCAGGCUCGGGCCUUUGGAUUAUAUAACAACGUGGGUGUCCAGCCACAGAACCCCUUGAGGAAUGGGGCUGGCCCAGCUGGGGCGUACCAGGCCCUCGGGGAGCAGUGCAACUCCUAUAGUGGCCCAGAGCACUUGGCGAGCCACGGGGGCAGCACUGGCCCCGGUGGAAAUGCCUUCCAUGAGCUGCCCUGUAAGAUCCAACAGUAUGGGAACUGCCUUAACAGGCAGCCAGGGGUGACAAGCUCAUUUGAUGGUGUUUCUGGGGCUGGGCUUCAAGUGUCAAAGCUGAAGAGUGGCACCGUACAGGGGAAUGGGAGCCACCUGGAAUUUGCCAUGUCAGUGACUCCAAACGAGUCGGCUGGCAGUGCAGCGAGUGGAGUACCGACCCAAGACCUGAUGGGCCAGGGGUACCUGCCCCACCAGCUACUCGGUGACAGCAUGCACCACCAGGGGCCAGGCUGCCCGGGGCAACAGACGCUAGCGCAGGUCAGUGCUACCUCACACAUCAACACCUAUCCAGGGCCAGAAAAUGGCCUGCCAGGGCCUCCCGGCAUCAGUGGGCAGCCAUCAGCCUCAGGAGCUAUCAGGGGCUACCAGCCGUGUGCGAGCCUUGGGGGCAGCAGGCGCCUGACUGUUCCAAGGGGCGGCCUUGCUCUGCAGCAGGGACAGCUCGGUGACACCAGUCAGAUCUGCAGGGUGAAUGGUAUCAAGAUGGAGAUGCAAGGGCAGCCCCAUCAGCUCUGUUCUAAUGCACCAAGUUACUCUGGUCAGUUCUAUGACCAAACUGUGGGCUUCAGUCAAGAUACGAAAACUGGUUCAUUCUCCAUUCCUGAAGCCAGCUACCUGCUACAGAGGACCAGUGCUGAAAACUCGGAAUUACUUUCCCCUGGUGCUGAUCAGGUGACGAGCACAGUCGACAGCCUCCACAGUCAUGACCUGGAAGGGGUGCAGAUUGAUUUUGAUGCCAUCAUUGACGACGGGGACCAUGCCAGCCUCAUGUCAGGAGCCCUGAGUCCAAGUCUCAUUCAGAACCUCUCCCAUAGCUCCUCCCGCCUCACGACGCCACGGGCAUCCCUUCCACUGCCGACCCUUCCCUUGAGCACCACCAACAUGGCCAUCGGGGACAUGAGUUCUUUGCUGACCUCGCUCGCGGAAGAAAGCAAAUUCCUUGCGGUUAUGCACUAGGCAUUAAGGGGAAAAAAACAAAACAAAAAAGAAGUACCACCAACCAACAUGAAAUUUUAGGGGUUUAAAAGAUUCAGUUGACUCCGUUUUUAUUUUUUAUUUUUAGAUCUGUAUGUAUUUUAGCAAUCUCAUCUCACCUAACUGGGAUGUGUUUCAAGUAUAUUCCUUUUAUGGAAAAGGACUCUGCAAGACCCUACAGUAUUCUAGGGAGAAACUGCCUUCCAUUUCAGUUUUGAAUCAGUAUUGUUACUCGCUGCCUCCCCCACCCCUUUUUUUAAGCUGUCAGUCCACCCCCUUAUUAGUAAACCGGUGUAAAUGUGUGCUGUGCAUGUUCUUUUGUUUGAAAGAGAGGUCAACGUAAAGGAUUUGGCGUGUUUUUCUGUUGCUAAAAGGAGGUAGGAUAUGCUGUGGCCAAGGGCUUAAACUUGCAGCGUUUACAGUUUUCUUUUGCAUAUGCUCAGUGUCUGUGUGGGCAUUGUUUGUGUGUGUUUUACUUUCCAUACCGGGCACAAGAAUCAGAAUAUGGAUUGUGAGUUUGAAGACUUUUUGUGGGUGCACUGUAGCAGAAAUGACAGAUUGCUACCAUGCCCCUGUCCCUAAUACAGUUUGGGGUGUGAUUCAGACAGUCGCAUAUGAGUGGAAAUCUGGGAAUCUUGCAAAUAAGAAUUGAGGCAAAAAAUUGGGCUUUCCGUUUUUCUCGUCCACAGAUGUGCUUCCUGUGGAAACACCUAUGUGAUUAGUUGUCAGUUAUCUAUCUAGCCUGCCUCUACUGCUCCUCUGUCUGCCUGAAUAUUUCAUUCAGUGCUGUUCAGAAUUCCAGUGAGGAGGAAGGGACACUUGGUGACACUCAGACACAUUGCUGCUUUGAUCUGUCCCUAUGACAAGUUGGGUAGGCUGUAGAUUGAACCUAUUGGGUAAGAUUCACUUGAGGAACAGUGGGUUUGCUGUAUUUGUUGAUUAUUUCCAUUUCUUUACCCAUGAUCAUAGAUAACUGAGGAUUGAUCAUCUAUAGGUCUAAGAAUAUAGCUGUUUAAACUGUCCCAUAAAUGGAUUCGUUGUGAACCUCUGUUAAUGCCACUAUAGUGAAGGAGUGCUUCCAUCUUAAGGGACUUAUAAAAUAUAGCUGUGAAAGGGAAGGCUCACAUAUAGUGGCAUUUGGAAUAAAUUGUCUCAACAAUUUUUCAGUAUUGGAGAACACCAGGGAAGACGCUUAGUAGCUGUGUGGGUGUCUUUUUCACACCCUCGCUGUUAAAAUACAGCAUCCACGGAAGAGUUCAUUAUUCUAUGCAGUUAGUCCUUAAUGUGGACUGACAUCUAUACAUUUGUUUUGAAUUAAAACAUUUAAAGCUUUAAUAAGGACAGCUACUUCCCAUGUGCAGUUGGUACACAUAAAAGACAUGCUCUGUGUGUAAACAGUACAUGGAUUAUCCAGCAUUCCGCUUUUAAAUAUAUAUAUAUAUAUACUGUUUAACACCUCACACUACCUGCUGUGUAGGCUACCUGCCCUUUUAGCUCUGGAGUCAGGUUUGUCCAAAGUGAUCAGUUGUGUGGCUUUUCUCCCUUGUUCUUUCCAUAGAAAUGAGUAUUAGGAAGACAAACUCUAGUGAAAUAAAAUAUUAGUUCAUGAGAAGAACUUUAAUAUCAGCCCAGUUUCUCCUGUGUUUCCUUUGUUUGGACCAAGAAUCUCAGUGUGGACGUACAUUUGUCCAUUGGGACUUGACUGCAAAGCCAGAACUAUUUGCUUUCAGCAAGAUGUUCCUAAGUUCAGCAAAAAGAUGCUAAGAUUUUUUUUCCCUUUUUUCAUCCUUCUAUAUCUUGCUCUUCUUUUUAAAACAAAGGAUGCUUUGCCACAGAGCCCCAAGCCGAUAGACAGCUAUUGGGAUGAGCUCAGUAGAAUCGAGUCUACUAUUUUUCAACUGACUAAAAGAAAAAAAAAACAAAGAAAAAAAAAUCAAGGUUUUUCCUGUGUUUCUCAAACAGGUCGUGACCAGUUGAUAAAAGCCAUGAUCCUUUCCUUGCAUCUGAUUUUUUUUUCCGUGAAUCUCAAAUUUUCCUGGACCUUGGCUUAGCUCAAACCUUGUCUUCCUCUUCUGUGAAGGUUUUUUGUAUUUUCCUUUGGUUCCAGGAAAUCCUAUGAGUUUUCCCCUUCCUUAACCCCCCCCCCUUUUUUUUUUUUAAAUCUAGUUUCUCCCUUUCAACUGCAUUCAAGCUUUUUCAGAAGACACUCACUUCAGCUCACUAUUGGACUUUUCCCUCUGGAAAUCUCAGAAAAAACAGAGAGGAGAAGGGAGAAGGGAAAGGGAAACGGAAAGUGGGCUCUCCUGGGAAUUCAGUGAUGUGAAUGACAGUCAGUGGAUGGAAGGUAUCAUGGGGCCACUUAGAAUCUGGACAAAGAUUAUUUGGAAACGUGGCAGGCCCACCACCUCUGGCCUUCUCCCUGUUUCUCUGACUUGUGCAGUUAGGGAGAAAAUGAUGACUCGCUAGUGAGUCAGGGUUAUUUGGAAAACAUUUCUGUCAAACCAUGUUUGUUUUAUUUUUCUAAAGAAUUAGACUGCCCCCUGCACCUCACAUGUUGGCUCUUCCACCCGAGCUGCAGUCUUCAUUCUUGCAAUGUAUGUGCCUUAUUUUAUGUUCAUCUUGUCAGUGGGAGGGGCCAGUGGGUGUGGCCCCAUCGGAGCUCCAGACCUGUGCUCUCACAGACUCAGGGCACCAGCGGUGCAGAGUCUAAGCUGUCUUAUAACCUGGUUUCCUGUGUUGUUUUGAGUAGAUCAGAGGAUGUUCUCUUCUGAUGAGUUACUGUUUGUGUAUCCUGCAGACAUGUAAGAUAAGUGUUUUUUUGUUUUCACCUUUUUUAGAUUUAAAAAAAAAUGUGUAAUCCUUUUUUUUUUU